UUUACGAGUACGAAUUGAAGCCUGCCUGGGCGAACUGGAUAUUUCUACCAUUUCUUACAACACCUGCUUCUUCCCCUACCCAUCCUCGAUUGACACGCGACCAUCACUAGACACUCCACUCCGAGUGUCUUGACAUUCUCUUCCAUCAUUCCACCUUCUGUGUUCAGCGCGUUCAUUGACGGCUUUCGAGUCGUCAAAUGAACCUGCCUAUUUCGCCUCCAUUCCUCUUCCAGACGUUGCUCUUCAAUAGGAAGAGAGCCUCCUUCUCCUAAAUGCCUUUCAAGCCCUUCGCACAUCUUGCCCGUGUCAGUGUUGCAAAGGGAAUCGCCCAUACUUAUGCCCCGUCUGUUGUCGCUGCUGGCCAGUCACUCGGACAAUUCCAAAAUUACCCAGUCACCAAAUUUGCAAAGACUGCACAACUCCAAAAUGCCUUCUCAAGUCCAUCGGGUUCUGGCGCAGGCGCGAAGGCCGGUUAUAAUAGUCAAUCGGGCGGUGGUGACGCUGGGCUAGCCCAGUACUACGCAGCCUGGCAACAUGCCCAACAGACUGGCGAUGACUCGGAUUGGAAAAAGCAUGAGUUCGCGCGGAGAAUAGGCUGGAAAAAUCAAGAGAAGGCUGUACCUUCUUCAAAACACCACCGAGUCGAGUCUUACCGAGCUGUCGACCUUCUGCGGCCUUCUGCCCGCCUGACUGUCUCGCGCGUUAACAGUGAACGAGCCACUCCUAAGGUCCAAGACGCGGAGGAAGCUCUCGCGGAAGCCGACGCACUUGCAAAGGUAGAUGAAGAAAUUGCGAAGGAGAUCGCGUCACGCCACAUCGAAAACACUGCUACUUACGAUGAAGCGGUCGGCAGCCCUGUUGCGAGCACACGCGCACCGACCCCCUCCAUUCAAGAAACUGGCGCAAGCGAACUUGAGUCAUCCACCAGCCUCGAACACACAUCGCCGCCUACCGACAUCACCUCACUCGCAUCAGAGGAUUCUGCCCUCUCCGAUCAGAUCGUCCAGCUCGGCUCCCAACACCGAUAUAGCGAAAUUCCUGCUUUGUUCGAAGCUAUCGUCAGAGAUGGCCAUGUUCCGACUGUGGAGGCUUAUAAUCAUAUCUUGGUCUCCGCCAUUAAUCUGAGUCAGGGCUACCAGCCAUGGCCCAGAGCUCUCGAGGUGUACGGGGACAUGGCGAAGCGAGCCGUCGAACUCAAUGCAACAUCAUACGUGAUCCUCCUCCGCUUUUUGGCAGCUAGGAGCCUCGAGGCAUACCAAGUGCAGAAGAACCUUGGUGAACGAGCCACACGAUACGGUAGUGAGGGCUCUUUGGUCUUCCCUUCUGCCACCAGACAACAUCAACUUUACGCCGCUGACACAUCGCUUGCAUUUGCUACUAAGCUGUACAACAUUGCUCGAGCUACUCUCGAAGAUUUCCCACUCUCGGCCACAGUGUACAAUGCGCUAGUCAAGGCGUGUGCUCAGUCCGGUAUGGUUGAGCAUAUGAAUUCGCUUUUGGCUGAUAUGAAUGCCCAAAACAUUCCUUUGGCGCCACAGCUGUAUACCACGGUUAUCGAUGCACAAGCUUCCACGCAGGACAUCCACGCAGCACAAGGUCUAUACGAGGAGUACCGCGAUCUCGCUAUCAGCAGAGCCGCCAAUGACCCCCUUGAUCUGAAGGUGUAUGCUUCUCUGAUCAAGGCUUACUAUGCUUGCGGGCUUGCUGAGACUGGCUUGCGUUUCUAUGAGAAGAUCCUUCAAUCCUUUCAGGGUUCGACAAACGAGCAAGCUUUGUCAGAUAGCUUGACAAGUUCGUUCGUGCUGGACGGUCUUGUUCAGCAUCACAUUGAAAACGAAGCCUACUCCACAGCGAUCUCAUGCCUUGAUGACUUCACCCUUCUACCCGUUGUGCGAGACGAGGCGCUAUCGAGGAUCUCCACCGCUGCAGCUGAUGCUGGAAAUGCCGACGAAGCUGUCCGAUCCUUUGAUGCCAUCAAUCCAGCGAACUUGAAGGCCGAGCCCGUCAUGGCGGUUGCUGCUUUGCAUAUUCGAAACGGCGAAAUCAAGAAAGCCAAGUCGACCUGGAAUAACGCUCGCUCUCUACCGAUUGUUCCAAGCACUGACUUCGCAGCAAUGUACACCUUGGCAUUGAUUCAUUCUGGUUCCGUUGAAGAAGGUGUGGCUGAAGCCCGAUCGAUGUUUCAACGCAUCCGUUCCUCAGCUGGCACUGAAGCAAGCCGUCAACUCGCUGUAGCGGAAAUUGACGAAGCAAUCAUCCUCUUCGGUGAAGCCUUGUCGAAGCAACAGGCUGUAGUCUCUGCAACAACAAGCAUCACCUUGUUGCGGACUAUGAUCGAAAACGGCGGCCUCGUCUCUCCAGUUGCUCAGCACGCAAUCGCAAGCUUGGGACCAGAAUGUAUCCAUCAACUUAACGCUCAGGACAUCGCUUUGGCUCUUCAUGUUCAGGCUCAAAUGCUCAUGUAUCAAGAAGUUGUGGACGCCGCUCAUCCGGCCAGAUUCUCCCAUCUUCUCGAGACCGUGCUCAACCGCGGCAUUCUCAUGGAUCCAUCGACAGUUCACGUGGUGAGCGAAAGCUUACACAAAAUUGGCUCUGCUCGACCUGAUCUCCUGCAACGUUGGCAUGAGCUUCUUCACCCUGCUCCUCCCACCCCAGUGACAUUGCCGCAGUCACCCUUGUCCCCACACCAGGCGCUUCUUGACGUGUCGACCAACGACACUUAUGAUCCCUACGCUCACACCACCGACUAUCGUGCCUCCAAGGCGAUAUCCGAAUUGGUCGAGAGUACCACGGGCCGCAUUGAAAAUCAUCUCAAUGAUGGCCUUUCCCGGUUGAGAAAUGUUCGUCGAGCGGGCAGAAAUCUACAUUAUUCCGCGUACGCCAAGCUGAUCACCGCAGCGGGUAAAGCCAAACAACCGAAUUUGAUCCAGGAAAUCCUGAGUAUGGCGCAUUCCGAUGUUCCGAUGUCAUUGCAGAUCCCAUCUGUUCGUGCUGGAUGGGUUUCGAUCUUGGACUCUAUGAUCGCGGCAUGCUUGACUGUUGGAGAUCGUCAACAAGCAAGCAAAUUCCACCAAGACCUUCUGGAUAUGGGAGCGGCGCCUUCUGCAAAUACCUUUGGCAUUUAUAUCACCACCCUUGAAGGUACGUUCGACGAAGCGACCGAAGCUGUCAAGAUCUUCCAACGUGCUUUAUCCGAGGGAGUCGUUCCAAGCGUUUUCCUCUACAACGCCGUUAUUGGCAAGCUUGGCAAAGCUCGACGAAUUGACGACUGUCUCCGUUACUUUGGCGACAUGGAAGGUCGCGGCAUCCGUCCUUCGUCUGUCACAUAUGGUACACUGGUGAACGCUCUUUGCCGAACAAGUGAGGAGCGCUUUGCAGUUGACAUGUUUGACGAGAUGGAAGCGGCACCCAAUUAUCGUCCUCGACCAGCUCCAUACAAUUCCAUCAUCCAAUACUUCCUCAAUACGAAGCGGGAUCGCAGCAAGGUCCUGCAGUACUACGAGCGGAUGAAGUCCAAGAAUAUCAAACCUACCUCUCACACCUACAAGCUUCUUAUUGAGUCUUACGCAUCGCUGGAACCUGUGAACCUCGCUGCAGCCGAAGCUAUCCUUUCCGAAAUGAAACAAUGCGGUGUUCAGCCCGAGGCAGUUCACUAUGGGUCAUUGAUCCAUGCUAAGGGGUGUGUUAUGCACGACAUGCCUGCUGCAAGAGCCGUUUUCGAUUCCGUCUUGCAGGAUGGGAACAUUCGUCCGACCGACACACUGUAUCAGAAUUUGCUCGAAUCGAUGGUCGCCAAUCACGAAGUUGAGAAGACUGCCGAGAUCCUGGCUGAUAUGGGUCGACGAGGGGUCUCUCUGACCCCGUAUAUUGCGAAUACGCUCAUUCAUGGAUGGGCUGGAGUCGGCCAGGUUGAAAAGGCCAAAUCGAUCUACGAGCAACUGGGCAUGGAUAAGCGUGAGCCCAGUACCUACGAGGCCAUGACCCGAGCCUUCCUGUCCGCCGAAGACCGCGCUAGUGCCAAUGCGGUGGCGCAAGAGAUGCUCAAGAAAGGGUAUCCAGCGGCUGUUGCUGACAAAGUGCUUGCACUGGUGGGUGGCAUUACGGCCUAAAAGUCUCGUAUCAAAAUUCUGGGUCGAGAGUGGCGAUGAUCGCUUGCCUCGGCCGCUUCUUUUCCUUUGUUGAUUGAUAAUGAUACCCAAGAAACGAGCCACGACUACAUGGUGGUUCUGUUCAUCUCGGCGUUCGGGUUUUGUCUGUCGUAUUAGCGACAGCGUUGUACAUGGUGUUGUGUGGCUGGUGCAUAUGGAGCAUGUUCAGCAUGCUCUGCUUACCUUCUCGCCGAGGCGCCGGGAGGAGCUUCUUGGGGCGGUGUUUGAGAGGAAACGGAACAUUGGGCUGACCAUGUACAACAGAAGACCAAGAAUAAUCUCUACUCGCUACUCUGAUAGAUGAUCUAGACAGCCGAGGUUUUGUCUAGAUCCGAUGUGCAGUCCUCCAGACUGGAGUUGACAUGCUGAUUACCGGCAAGAGCUGGUAAGAGGGAGGCUGGCGAAGAAUCCAACUCUCUAUAUUGAAACCUCUACGAUGAUCCAGUUUGUGUCCAUCUGAUAUAAUUCGUUUGAGGUCUGGGCAAUCGUGAUACGGCGUUCGUCCAUCCUCGGACUGUGG